AUCAAAAUCAUCCAUUUCAAGAUCCUUUCUUUCAAAUCCUUUCAUCUUUUUCGUUGAGAAUAUCUGUAUAACCUAAUCGAGAUGGCACCCAAGGGAGAGAAGAAACCAGCGGAGAAGAAGCCCGUUUCAGAGAAACCAACGGAGGAGAAGAAGUCCGCUGCCGAGAAAUCCCCUGCAGAGAAGAAACCCAAGGCCGGAAAGAAGCUCCCUAAGGAUAGCAGCGGCGUCGCCGGAGAUAAGAAGAAGAAGAGGACGAAAAAGAGCAUUGAAACAUACAAGAUCUAUAUCUUCAAGGUUUUGAAACAAGUUCAUCCUGACGUCGGGAUCUCGAGCAAGGCUAUGGGGAUCAUGAACAGUUUCAUUAACGAUAUCUUCGAGAAGUUAGCUCAAGAAUCAUCAAAACUCGCACGUUACAACAAGAAGCCCACGAUUACAUCUCGGGAGAUUCAAACUGCUGUAAGACUUGUUCUUCCCGGUGAAUUGGCUAAACAUGCUGUUUCUGAAGGUACCAAGGCGGUGACCAAGUUUACAAGUUCUUAGAUUUGUUUUAUUGGGAGGUUGUUGGGGUUAAUAUUAGGGUUAUAUAAGUAUCCAUGUUUAACUCACUUAUCAUCAGUAUGUUUGUUUUUGUUUUGUUUAUCUGGUGUUUUAUAGAUCUUAAUCGUUUUCUUUGUUCUACUCAUGAAUUUCAAUAGACAAAUCUCACUGUUUACCAUUAUAAAUGAUUCUGUAAUGUUUUAGAACCUGUUAGUUUUGACUGUAA